UGGGCGCUGCACCGGCGGGCGGCCCGCGGUGCCUCGGCGGCUCCGGCAUCCAGAGCGGCGCGGGAGGGAGGGACGAUGAACCUGGAGCGGCUCAGGAAGCGAGUGCGGCACUACAUCGACCAGCAACAGUAUCAAAGUGCCCUGUUUUGGGCUGACAAAGUAGCUUCACUCUCUCAUGAGGAACCACAGGAUAUCUAUUGGUUGGCCCAAUGUCUUUACCUAACAGCUCAGUAUCAUAGGGCAGCGCACGCCCUUCGAUCACGGAAGUUGGAUAAGUUGUAUGAGGCAUGUCGCUACCUUGCAGCUAGAUGUCAUUAUGCUGCAAAGGAGCAUCAACAGGCCUUGGAUAUCCUUGAUAUGGAGGAGCCAAUCAACAAACGACUUUUUGAAAAGUACUUGAAGGAUGAAAGUGGGUUGAAAGAUUCUACCACAGACUGGGAAAUGUCGCAGUCCUCAAUCAAGAGCUCUAUAUGCCUUUUACGAGGGAAGAUCUAUGAUGCUUUGGAUAAUAGAACCCUGGCAACUUACAGCUACAAAGAGGCCUUGAAGCUUGAUGUUUACUGCUUUGAAGCAUUUGAUCUUCUAACAUCGCACCAUAUGCUGACAGCACAGGAAGAAAAAGAACUGCUUGACUCUCUACCUCUUAAUAGACAAUGCACAGAAGAAGAAAAGGAAUUGCUUCACUUUUUAUUUGAGAAUAAAUUGAAAAAAUAUAAUAAACCCAGUGAAACAGUGAUUCCUGAAUCAGUAGAUGGUCUUCAGGAAAACCUGGAUGUGGUAGUAUCCUUAGCAGAAAGGCAUUAUUACAACUGUGACUUCAAAAUGUGUUACAAGCUUACUUCAGUAGUGAUGGAAAAAGAUCCCUUCCAUGCAAAUUGUUUACCUGUACAUAUAGGGACACUUGUGGAGCUUAACAAAGCAAAUGAGCUUUUCUAUCUUUCUCACAAACUGGUGGACUUGUACCCAAAUAAUCCUGUGUCAUGGUUUGCAGUAGGAUGCUAUUAUCUCAUGGUUGGCCACAAAAAUGAACAUGCUAGAAGAUAUCUCAGCAAAGCUACUACACUGGAGCGAACCUAUGGCCCUGCGUGGAUAGCAUAUGGACAUUCAUUUGCAGUGGAGAGUGAGCAUGACCAAGCAAUGGCUGCAUACUUCACAGCUGCACAGCUCAUGAAAGGAUGUCAUUUGCCGAUGCUCUAUAUUGGACUGGAAUAUGGUUUGACCAACAACUCCAAGUUGGCCGAACGGUUCUUCAGCCAAGCUUUAAGCAUUGCACCUGAAGAUCCUUUUGUUAUGCAUGAAGUUGGAGUGGUAGCAUUUCAAAAUGGAGACUGGAAAACUGCAGAAAAGUGGUUCCUUGAUGCAUUGGAAAAAAUCAAAGCUAUUGGAAAUGAGGUAACAGUUGAUAAGUGGGAGCCUUUAUUGAACAACUUAGGACAUGUCUGCAGAAAACUCAAGAAGUAUGAAGAAGCACUGGAAUACCAUCGCCAGGCUCUGGUAUUAAUCCCUCAGAAUGCUUCUACUUACUCUGCCAUUGGCUACAUACACAGCCUGAUGGGCAAUUUUGAAAGCGCCAUCGACUAUUUCCACACGGCCCUUGGUCUCAGGCGAGAUGACACAUUUUCGGUCACAAUGCUCGGACACUGCAUAGAAAUGUACAUUGGUGAUUCCGAAGCCUAUAUUGGAACAGAGAUCAAAGACAAAUUAAGAUGUUAUGACUUUGAUGUACACACAGUGAAGACAUUAAAGAACAUAAUUUCACCCCCCUGGGAUUUCAGAGAAUUCGACAUAGAAAGACAAACUCUGGAUGAAAGUGGCAUAGUAACAUUAGAGACAUCAAAUCAAAGGAAAAGUACAGACACCAGUCGCCCAUUGGAAGAAACAUUUGAGAUUGAAAUGAAUGAAAGUGAUAUGAUGUUAGAAACAUCAAUGUCAGACCAUAGUACGUGACCAUAAAUACUGGUAGAGAGUUCAUUUUGUCUAACUGUAGUAUGUUUGUUUUAGCAUUUUUGUUAUGGUGUUGUACUCUCAUGAAUUUGCUAUUUUUUAUAUGAAUUCAAACUACUGUGUACUUAACACCGGGAAUUUUAUUGUUCCUACUUUAUAAAUAUUCCUUUCCUGACAGCACUGUCAUGAAUUCCCAUCUGAAUCAAGAAGACCUCAUUGCAUCGAUGCAGGUCAUAUGCAUAGUUGGAAUCCAGAGUAUUGGCUAUUUUGCACAUGCCUAUGUAUUACUGAACAUGAAUUCAAGUUUUAGACACAACUGCACUUUGGAAUUCAAGGGUAUCAAGGGACGAAAAGCUUGGGGAGGAGUCUGUAUUUUAUCAGCAAUUGCACACACUCUCACUGUGAAAAUCUGUUGGGUCCUGGUGAUCCCAUUGCUUUUCUAUGAAGACCAGCACAGUAGAGUAGAGAAGUUGGGUUCUGUCCCAGUGACAAUGGGAAUUGUGCUGUGGUUCCACCAAGGGAACUGGAGAUGCCCAAAUUUCUCUUCCAUGUGUUAGAAAAUAUGGAUUGGGCUUUGCAUUGAGUGCAAAAUUCAAUACCAAUCCCAUAUAUUGUUAAGCAUGAGAAAAUAAGGUGAACAAAAAUGUUUUACUUCCUAUUUCUGAAACAAUUCACCCAAGUUACACAUUCUCUUGAAAAACAUAGUAUGAGCCAUGAGUCUUAAGUGCAAAAGUAUCCAAGUGGAGUGUUGGGAAAAUUAAUCAUUUAUGAAGCAUGUAUAUCUCUUGAGCAGAGUCAGGUCCCUCUUCUUCAGUGUGGCUGGCAAAAAACAGUUCAUACAAAGGGCUUUCUUUUCUUGGAACCUGGUAAUUGGGGUGUGGUGCAGGUGACUUCUUUGAGAUAAAGUAGGGAUUUUUCCUGGAAGAAUCUAUAAUGAAUGUGUCUCAACAGCUGCUCUGUUAGGCAGGUCUCUUCCUUUAAAGAAUCUUUUGAUAGUUAUUUUUACAUCUGUGCUUAUGUAUCCUGAAUUACUGUAACCAUCUCAUGGAUAAUAUGACAGCAAAGGCUUGUUGCUGCACACAGAAGGAUAUUGCAAAUAGAUUCUCAAAGAUUCUCAAGGAGCCAAACUCCUAUUUCUUUGUAUCACUAUUUUUAAUCCAGCAUAUAUAAGUCUAGUUUUCUAGUAAGACAUCAUGGCAAUUUCUAAAUGGAAGGUGGCAAAACAGUCUUCUAGAGAAUCAGGCCUUUUCUGCUGUCAGACAUGGAUAUAAAUCUUGCAUUGUUUUCCUCUGUUACUAAUUUUUUUCAUUGGCAACAUGGUUUUAAAUAUUGAUAAAAGUUCAUUUUUCUUCCUGCACUCCCCAGUUACAAUAUGAUGCCGUGUCAGCUGUGAUGGCAACACUGGCUUAUGUUAUUCCUGCCUGUAGCAAUCUACUGUGCUACUUCCUCAGCUGUGGUAGUACAAAUCCUUGUGUGGUUACACUGUGAAUGAAAUCAGGAAACUGGAACAGCAUUUUAAAAUAUUUUCUAGAUCUGAUCAAUUCUCAGGUUCAGGGAGAGCAAGCUGCUGCUGUGUUACUUGUCAUCAGUGGGGCAGAGUGGUUGGAAUGGGAGGAAACAGAUGGAAAAGUGAGAAUGGGCACUGCUGUAAGGGCAGCCUGUCGUGACAUUGUGCCUUGACAGGUAUCUGCUGAAGGUUUUUUGGCUGGCUGUUGCUGACCUUUGUUUAUUGGUAUUAAAAAUUACCUAGAAAGAAAUGUAUGCAAAGUGUCCUAGAUUGUGAAGGACUCUUUUGGAUGUCAGAGGAAUUCUUGAUACGGCUUGGCUCCAAGCCUGGCAGCUACAGUUGGGUUAGAGCUUUUGAGCUGGCUCAUGAUGUGUGUCUCAGACAGGGAAAGUUUUUCUCUCCUCUUCUUUCAAUGUUUUGACCUGCUCUUGUUCUGUCCAAAUCCCUGCCUUUGUAAUGGCAGCACCAGCUUGCCCUGGUCUUCUGCACCUCCCAUCACCUACCUUGCUCCAGUCCUGCUCUUCCCAGAUAGAGCCUGGUGCUUUUCUGGAUUAUUAUGACAUUUACCCUGGCUCUAGUUAAAUUGAGUACUGUCCUUGUCCUCGUGAGGACUUUGGUUAUUAGUUUUGGCCUGACUUGACCUCAGAUUGUUGAUUCCUGCUGCAAGCCAUUUCCAUUGCCUCACUUGGCUUCGGCUGCUGGGUACAGGGGUCCACAACUGUCAGGUUGGGUGUCUUAUAAAUAUGUCCCCAAAAGAGACGUUUUUUAUACUCUUUCUCUUCCAAUGAUUAGUUUUGUCCCAGAGUGGGGAGAUCUGAGUGUUGCCUUAAAGGUUUUCAGAACAGAUAUGAAAACCCACAAGGUAUUGUGCUAUGAAUAGCUCAAAAGUUUCUUCAUAGGUACUGCUGUCUAAAAGAUUUGAAAACAAUUAACAUGUUAUCUUAAUUGAUUAAAGCUUGGUGCUAAAUAAUG